UUUUUUUUUUUAACAAACGGUAACCCAGCGAUGGAAUGAGGUUUAUCUCACUACUUCGACCACCAUGGCGUCAACACAUUCACCCACACAUGUUUCCUUCUACCAUCACCAUCACCCUUAACAACACUCUGAGGUGCUCCCCCCUAAUCCGCACCACCGCCACCACCGCCACUGCCACCGCAGCAGCAGCCCGGUCCCUCUCAACCCCAACCCCAACCCACACCCACACCCACACCCUCAUCUACCCCGAUGCCUCCAGCAGCGAGCACCGCGACCUCGCCUCGUACGCCGCGUACGCCGCGCGCACCGGCCUCGACGUGACCUCCAAAGUGUACGUGGGCACGCAAUACGAGUACACCGUCGCCUGGGCCCUGCGGGCCCUCGGCUUCUCCGCGCGGCGCGUCGGCGGGCGCUCCGACUGCGGCAUCGACCUGCUGGGCACCUGGCGCGUGCCCUCCUCCCUCCCCCCCCCGCAUCACCCUCUGCGCGUGCUGCUGCAGUGCAAGGCGUCGUCGCAGCGGACGAAGAUCGGCCCGCACCACAUGCGCGAGCUCGAGGGCGCCUUCGUCGGCGCGCCCACGGGGUGGCGGGGCAAAGGGGUGCUGGCUUUCCUGGCGGCGCAGAAACCCGCCACGAAGGGCGUGCGCGAUGCGCUGGGCCGUAGUCGCUGGCCGAUGGGGUAUAUAUAUUGCUCGCCGGACGGCAGGCUCGAGCAGAUGCUGUGGAAUAGGCGGGCGGAGGAGGAGGGGCUGGAGGGGCUGGGGGUCGCAGUUAAGUUCUCGGAUGGUGGCGAGGGUGGUGGUGGUGGUGGUGAUGGUGGUGGUGGGAAGGGGGAGCAGAGGAUCGUUUUGACCUGGAAGGGCAAGCCGUAUCUGUGCGAGCAGGAGGCGGAAGGGGCAUCUACUAUAGUCGAGCCUACGCCAACUACUUAGUCGCUCCUGAGUGUACACACUAUGUCAGAGUAGAAUAGAGAUGUGCAUAACAAACAAAAGC